UCUUUUGAUUUACACGUCCCUGUAAAUCGUGCAGACCAUCACGCGUGCGCUGGUUUAAUAAGGGGGCCGUGAACUAGAGGAUAUAGAACGAGGGAGUGGUGGGGUUUACAGCAUGCAUCGAACUGUCGACUUUCCCGAGGACCGUGAACCGCAGAUCGACGACCCUAUUUUUGUGAUCGCCGUUUUCCCAAUAACGUCCCUCUCGUCUCCUCUAAUUUCAUCCAUUUCUUUUCCAUGAAACUCUCACGUAGAUACAAACGAAGGUUUUCUUAAUUAAUAACGUGAACCUCGUUAAAAUAAAUUUGUUCAAUUAAAUUCUGGUCAUGCCUACGUACCAAAUCGAUAUUUAAAAAAUAGACAAUCGAUAAGCAUUAGGUGGUCUUGUAACAAUGUUCUUCGCCAUUUCUAACCGAUAGGAUAUAUAAUCCUGUAAUAAUUAAUAUAGGAUGUAUGAGAUUUAAUCCUAAAUACGAACGAUAUCUGAAUUCUCUCGUCGAAAUAUUUUAUUGUACAUAAAAAGAAACCGCGAAACAACAUUGUAAAUCACUCCCUUCGUCACGUAUUAGAAGCUUACGCGUGUAAUUAGUGGUUCAAUCUUAAUUCGUUAGACAAUUUACAAAUUCGUUUUGCGAUAACCUAGAUGCGUUUAGCAAUGUCGUCGAGGGAACUGUAACUGUUGAAGAGAAAGGAAGAAUAAAUAAAGAAGAAGAUGCCUGAAGUUCGUUGACCGUCAAAGAGGAGUCAGGAGCGUGACUGAAACCGUGACUGUGAUCGUUAUCCUGAUCGCAGCCGUGGUCGUAACCAUGACCGAGUUGCUUUUAAGAAUCCUGCGCUUCCAAAGUUUUGCGUGUUUCAGAACAUGUACGAUUAUUCGCGAAUGUUAUAAUGCAUACAACCCAUGCGUAUAAACGUUUAAUUCUCAUAUCACAUAAAUAUAUCUACUAUAUAGUGUGCAACGUGUCCAUAAGUCACAGUUCUAUGCACGUACUCUGUCCAAAGAUUAGCUGUAAAAUUCUUUAUACAUUCAAAUGGAAAUGGUUUCCUUUUAUCGGAAAUUGUACUUUACAUUUGUAACGAUCGUUGCCAUAACACUGAGUAUAAUAAUCUAUCAGGUGUAUCUAGUUCAAAAUAACAGCACGUUAUAUCGUUCAGGAGUGCCCAUAAUUUUAUGGUGGACUCCUUUCGGAAACGAUGGAAUUUCAAGGGAUUGUGGGAAUUACCAAUGUUACUUUACAAGCAACAGGUCUUAUCAAUAUCAUAAGGAGAUAAAAAGUUUUCUCUUUUAUGGUAGCAAUUUUCAAGUUGGCGAUUUACCAAGCUGGAAAUCUGACAAAGUUCCAUGGGGUUUGUUUCACGAAGAAUCGCCAAGGAAUAAUCCGAUAUUAGUUCACGAUGAAACUCUGAAUCUUUUCAAAUACUCUUCGACAUUUAGCAGAUUUAGCGAUGUACCUCUUACUCUCGUAGAUUUACCUGGAAUCAGGGAAUUGUUAGAUAGAAAACAUUUUGUACCAACGAAAGAGAAGAGCAGAUUGAUACGUGAAAAGAAUUUGGCGCCGUUGCUUUAUAUACAAUCUGACUGUAAUACUGCAAGCAAUCGAGAUGUUUAUGUAGCUGAAUUAAUGAGGCACAUAAGAGUCGAUUCGUACGGGACAUGUUUAAACAAUGCUCAAUUCGAUAAAAGACUGAAAGAGAAUUACCUUGAGGUACUCAACAGUGAAGAUUUUCUUUCUUUUAUCGCCAAUUACAAAUUUACAAUAGCUUUUGAAAAUGCAGUCUGUGACGAUUACAUUACUGAAAAAUUGUGGAGACCUCUUAUCAUUGGAUCUGUACCUGUAUAUUAUGGAUCACCAACAUUCAAGGAUUGGCUUCCCAAUAAUGAAUCUGCUAUUUCAGUGCACGAUUUUGAAGGUCCAGCAAGCCUGGCCAAAUUUUUACAGAACCUUUCUGAUAACGAAGUUGAAUAUGAUAAAUACUUAUCGCACAAAUUAAUCGACAAUUAUAAAAUAGAUAAUGAAAGAUUAAGAAAAGCGUUGAACAGAAGGGAGCAAUGGUCUUCUAACGAAUUUGUCAAUUACGUCGAAGAAUUCGAAUGUUUCGUCUGCGAACACGUACAGAUGACAGAAGCAACAAAAAUUGUCGAGAAGAAGCAUUACGAUUGUCCAUUACCAGAAAAUCCAUUGACGAACAAACUCGACGAUUCGAACUGGUGGACGCAGCAAUGGAUUUUGGAAAAGUGCGGUGCGAAAAUCUUAACUCAUCAUGUGCGAAACAAUUUUACAAUAGAUAUAGGCAAUUUUGAAAAUGACAAAUAUAAAUUAUACGAUAAGAACGAAUGUUGAGCAUGCGAAUAUUUUUUACGAUUAAAGUGUACGUAAAUUCUACUUACUUCGAGUAAAGUCGACACAUGGAAACGAA